AUGAUUGGAUAUGACGCUCGGACCGGUUAUUAUAAUAGCAGAAGUGGGUUUGUGGUGAAUUUCGAAUCGGAUCAGAUAUCCUCGGGGCUAGACUUGCUACCAUGGGACUCCAUACUAGAAGAAGAAAGCGAACCAGAUGAGGAUGAGGAAGAGAAGGAAAAGGCAGGCCAUGAUUCUCCCAAAAAACUCACUAAACAACAGAAGAAGGAGAUACGACAGAACAAGAAGAUCAACGCUGCAAGAAAGCGAAAAUUGAAGAGAGAACUGGAGCUUAAAUCCAGGGCAUCGUCAUCGUCAUCGUCAUCGUCGUCAUCUGCAUCUGCAUCAAAUCAACUUCAUGUGCUUAACCACUAUGAGAUCACCUCAAACAUAAAGAACACAUAUAAUAAAUUGAUUCAAUUGCUUGAAAAGGAGCACCCCAAGGAGAAGGGCAAAUCAUCAGAUCAAAAGUUUCUCCAAUUCCAUUCCGUUGCAUUGUACAAGUCGGACCUCACGCACCUUCUUCCAGAUGAAUGGCUAUGCGAUAACAACAUUGCAUUCAUGUAUGAAGUGAUCGCCAAUGGCUUUCUUCUGAGCAUGGAUUUUCCCCAUGAGAUCUCUUUGCUAAAUCCUUCGUUGGUUCAAUUGUUUCUCCAUAUGCCAUAUGACCCUGAUACGCCAGACACCUUAGAAACCAUGCUACCAGUGAAAGAGCUCUCAAGGCUGAAGUUUCUCUUCCUACCCAUGAAUUACAUUGACGAUUUUCAAUCUAUUAACAUGGAAGAAGCAAACAAUGGAGAUCAUUGGUUCCUCGCAGUCUUGAGUUUACUUGACAACAGGCUAUACGUAUACGAUUCUAUGUCAUCCGAUGACGACGACGAUUCGUUGUUGGUGGAGCUAACUAAACGACUUCAAACUUGUAAGUCCAUAGUGAAGCGUGGGAAAAUAGACGUCAUAAAAGUAAAUUGCCAACAGCAAGAUAACUUUGAUGACUGUGGCAUAUUUCUCAUCAUGUUUACAUGUGUGAUCAUCAAUAGACUAAUAAGAUUAACACAUAGCGAGGAAGAAGAGGGAGAGAGAGACGCAGAUCCUAUAAUUACAUUGGAUAUUAGUAAAGUGAAAUUGGAGCCAUUGCUCGGUAGGCUCAGUCUCUUGAAUUUAAUAUUGAAGUACUAUAAAAUAGAGUAA